CGCAGUAGGGACACCAGACUUCUCACACAGAAACGGACACCGUGAGAAGCGCAAAGAAAACACUGAAAUCUCUUUGUUUCCGGAUCCAUCCCCACAGCUUCCAACAGGCUCAUGGAGAGCGGAGCCCCGCUUGUCCGCACCGGGGGCAGGUUGAUCGGAUGCCUUUCACCACAGCAGCGCCGUUAGAUGUUUUCCAUUCAGGAUUAAUUGGUUGACCAAUGGCUCCAAAACAUGCGCUUCUCUCCAGCAGCGGCGGCGGAGGCUCCGGGGUUGGAGGGGUGAAUACUGAAGGAGACUGCCGCGCUUCCUCUGCGGUGGCAUGGAUCCUGGAAACGGAGAUGGUGGCCGUGUGUUCGCCGAGGACGCGGGCGCUGGAAGGGAAGCUGGCCCGGUGGUUGGUGACCGCGGUGCUGGUGCUGAUGCUGCAGAGCUCCAUGGCCGCUGACGCCCACGGAGAUCACCAUGGGAAAGUAAGACGGGCUAUCCGGCCUCUGGACCCCGCAGUCCUCAUCCCCUGGACUGGAGCCAGAGCUGGGGCUAAAGACAAAGCUUUGAUGGAUGAGGGCAAAGUGUUUGCUGAGGCCGGAGCAGCAGUUUGGACUGAAGCAGAAGCAGGAGUCCGUGUCGGGACAGAUGGCAAAGUUUUCGCAGGGGCUAGAAUUGUGACUGGAACCUUGACUGAAGUCGGGGCUGAAUGGAGUCCCCCAGAUGCUAAGGGGGGUGGUCUGCCAAUGAUGCCCAGAAACGCUGCAGCCGUGGUGGGGCCGCUGGGCCUGCAGACACGUGGAGAGGGCCAAAGAGAGCAGAUAGCCCCUUCCAUUCUGGCAGAGACACCAGCCCUGGGAAAACCUUUAGGACUGCUGUCUAAAGCUGCGUGGUCCAGAAGCUCCUCUUCAUCUCCUUCCAAGGCCUCCUCCUCAUCCUCCUCUUCCUCCUCUUCAUCUACAACAAAAGUAUCCUCUUUGCCAUCCUCCUCCUCUGCAGCCAGCAAAACAGAGAGGGAGACAGCAAGAUCAGACAACGUCUCUCUGGUGGUUGUCAACAGCAACUCCUCCAGCACUAACAGCAGCUCCAGUUCAGAGGAGCCCGUGAGCAGCCGUCCAGCCUGGGAUCUCCCUACCGUCCCAGAGUCGCUGCUGUCCACUGUGGGCGACCACGAUGUCACACUUCCUGCCAACAUCACCAGCCCCUUCUCCACCCAUCAGUGGAACACCACCACUCCGGCGCACACCAGAAACACCUCACGGCUGAUGACCACAGCAACCAGCAUCAUAACCACGCCUCUACCACCAACCACCACCACCACCUCAAUUCGACCGUCAUCCACCACAGCACAAACACCAAUAGCAUCGACUGACACCAUCAGCCAGGACACUGUGACUAACGAGAGACUCCAGCUGACCACAGUAACCACGACUACGCCCUCGAUGACCACCCUUACUGUGACCACUGCUGAGGUGAUGACGACAAUGGCGCCAACCACUGGGAGCGCAGCAACAGAAUCACCAAAUACAACUGCCGCUUCAACCACACAGCAAACCACAAGCCUCAAACCCACCACUCUGGCUACAACCAAGCCUCCAACCACCACGACAACCACACCUGCCCCGCCCACCACCACCACUUCUACUACAACGGUCGCCCCAACUACUACAACCACCACCACUACUACAACCACUACCCCUCCUCCUACCACGACCACAACGACUACUCCUGCACCUACUACUACUGUCGCCACUACCACUUCUACUACUACCACUACAACCACAGAGGUUCCCACCACCACUGUGUUCAUCCCAAUCGAGACCACGCCCCCUCCACUCGCGACCACUGAACCCCUGUCCAGCACCAGCCCAGAGGAAAGUCCUCUACCAUGCAACGUGACAGAGAAAUACUGGGUCAAAACAGUUCUGUCCAUUGAGCUGCGUAGGAACCGCCUGGAUCUGAUCCUGAAACAGAACCUCUCUAAAGGACUGAGCCAUGCCCUGCAGAGAGCGCUGAAUGAUUCCACAGCCUACGCACAGGUGGAACACGACGACUGCAGCCCCCACAACGUGACGUUAGGUUACUACGUGACCAGUGGCAAAACCGUGUUCAUCUCCUCCCUGGUGGUGGAGGCCAUGCACAUUUACGGUUUCGACAAGCUGCUAUCGGACAUCAGGCAGCACACCCCAUUGGUUAAGGCCGUUUUGGUUCCUGUGGCAACCUGGAUGCCCGCUCCGAGCAUCCACCUGCAGCUGAAAACAGUGUUGAGGUUUGUCGGCCCGACAGAUAACAUCUACUCCUGCAGUUUCGUCCAGAUGUUGGAGCAGAGGCUGGAAAACGCAUACGACGAGGCUCAGGACAAAGUGCUGGAGACCUACAGCAGGCUCACUGUGGAGAUCCAGAGUGUGUACCAGGAGCCGGACUCUCCCUCCGUCUCUGUGGUAUACGUGGUGAAGAACCAGGAUGCCAUCCUCAACGGGACCAUCUCCAGCGGCCUCCUCAACCAGCUGACCGCAGAGCUGGUUGGAUACUUCCUGUUCUACCCCCCUAUGGUCAUCGCUGAGCCCCUCGAAUACCAUAAUCUCAACACGUCGACUGCAACCAAGAACUAUUGGGUGAUAACAGUGAUCCAGGAUGUAGACAGCUCCUCUCUGGAGGCCAACUACCAGAGCUUUGCCAGUCUGAUGGAGCAGCGGCUGGCCGAGCUCUUCCUGGUGGCCGGGAGGCAGGGCACUCGGGCGGCACGAUCCCGGAGGGCGACCUCUGUAGGGAGCUACACCGUACAGAUGGUGAGCAUGCGUCGUCUGCCCGGUCCCAAGAACCCGGCCGAGAUGACCUACUACGCCCAGCUGAACGGAGCCCCCAUCACUGGCUUCAACGCCGCCAAGACCCUCAGCAGCCUGGACUCCCAGACCAUGGCUCUGACCCUGGGAUACUUCGUACAAGUGCAGGCUGAACCUGUGGUGAAAACACCGCCCAGCAACCUGUGGAUUAUGGCCGUUCUGACACCCCUCUUUCUGCUGAUGGUGGUUAUCGUCAUGGUGUCCUUCAUCAUUUGUAAGAGGAACCGGGUCAUCUUCAAAAGUGGCCCCUUCAGGAACUUCAAAACCCGCUCCAAGACCUCAUAUCGAAGGGAGGGCAGUUACCACCACCAGCCUGUCCAGGGCUUUGACUACGCCAAGAAGCACAUGGGUCGAACUGGGGAUGAUGCCGUCUCCGUCACCAAGGAGACGCUGUCGCUGGGGCUGCCUGUACGAGACGCUCCACUGUCAAUGUCGUUGGAUAAGAAGGUCCACCAGGAUGGGACCGGCAGCAAGAGGCCUCCAUCUGCUGACAUACACAAAGGAGGGCAGUUGCCAAGUGAGGAGGACGGCUCGGUGUCGAGCCACGGCUCCGCGAAGCUAAACACCAGCAAGAGCUCGUCAGCUCGGAGGACGGCGACCGGCAGCAGCGGAAGGAACGGGAAGGAGAGGAGCACAAAUGACCCGUACGAAGAUCAUUCCGGCUCCCUCCGUCUCAUCACCAUCAAACCAAUGACUGCUCAGCCCACCUACUCUUACCCCUCCUCCUCCUCCCACAGCCAGGACUCUGUGGUCCCCAACGGGGAGGCGAACCACAGUGGGCUGAAGCAGAAGUCGGACAUCGAGCACUACAGGAACAAACUGCGGCAGAAGGCCCGGAGGAAAGGCUACGGAGAGUUCUCUCUGUCCGAGACCGGCAGCCACGGCUACAAUCACCGCGACGCCAGGCACACUCGGCAUGACAACGGGGUCAAGGAGCCACUGACCGCUGAGGAGAAGAGGGCCUCCUUCGCAGGAUGUCAUAAGAGGUACUCCCACCCACGGGAGCCCACCUACUGGAGCCGGCAGUCUCUGAGCAGCCCAAGCCCGGUGGAGACGGAGAUGGACCUGUUAGUGCUAAGAGAACGAUCCAGGAGGGGCAUCCGCAACAACGGCUAUGACGGCGAACCGGAACCGUUUGAGGAGACCAACGUGGACCGGCUGAUGAGCUCCCUGGGUUACGGAGGCGGAUCCACCGGCACCGGGAACGGCAGUUUGGGGGUGAAAGCUCACCGCGGCUCCGACUCCUCCACACUCAGCUCCCAGCCAUCCAUUGAUGAAGUUCGCACGCAGAUGCACAUGUUGCUAGGCAACGCCUUCAGCCUGGCACCUCCGGACCAUGACCCCCCUUCUCCUCCUACCAACAGCCACCACCAUCACCACCACCACGCCCACAGAGCCUACAACCCGUCCCACACCAGCCACUACAGUGACGGGGUGACCAGCGCCCCUGGCACAAUGAACCAUCCCUGUGGGGGCCGGCAGAGGAGCGGCUACGAGGACAUGCACCAGUGCAGCCUGCCCAAACCGGGUUUCCGCUUCACCCAGCUUCCUGAUAUGGGCAUCGGAUCUCCUCCGCCUCUGAUCCCCUCAAGACCAGGACCCCCACCUGGGACCUCAUUGCGACGUUCCACCCCUGAUGUUAGUCUGAAGCCCCGUGUGUCAGAGGCCCCGGACCUGCAGGCCCAGCAGCACAACGGGGCCCCGUACCUGCCGCUGUCCAGGACCCCCUUCCCCGCUGUCACUGUCGACCAGUCCAUCUCCACCUACUCAGGAAACCCAAUAACGGCCGUCUACGCUAUAUCUGCCAACCGCCCCGGGUACUCGGACUACUUCGUCAUGUCGCCGCCGUCCUCAUACCGGAGCCCGUCCUGGAUGUCCUACCCCCCCGAGCAAGAUGACCUGCCGCGGCAGUGGAACGACACACCAAACUCCCGUCAUCUUGAAACCAUUUGCUGAAGCGCUCUGUGGCGACACUGAGGGGGAACAGCCCACAGCUCGGUGGGUGGGAACUUCUCUGCAGCUGUGUUACGUUGUCAUGGUGUAUCGUGAAUGGAGAGGGGUUUUUAUAUUACAAAUUAUAUUUAUACCUCAGGAUACUGGCACCUAAGGUGAAAAAUCUGCUCGUCACCGCCGCUAAUCUUAAAGCGGCUAAUGUUGGGCGUGAUGACGUUAAGUCGUCUCAUUUAGACACUUGUAAGCAAACGCCAUUUUUAAAUCCACCAGUGGGGUAUUUACUGAUGUAUUUCAUGUCGUAGAAUAAUAAUCUUUUCAGUUUCUGUUAACCACAGAAAUUAUUUCAAGACUAAUAAAGUUAGAUAUAUUCGUUCAAUAAAAUCUAACAUCUUAACGUCUAAUCUGAAUCCAAAUACUCUGUCUAAUGAGCCUGUAUCAGGAGGCUACGCUCUACAACUGAAUAGCUGAUUAUAAUUUUCCGCAGUCUUCUUGUAGAAAUGUUCUCCAUUUGCAGAAAAUACAAUUUUAAAAAAAAAUGGAACACACAGUUAAAGAACAGUUUUUCAAAACUUGUAGAAAAUGUAGCCCGACAUUUGAUGCAACAGGCUGUGAAGAUCGUGUAUCUUUUUAAGUAAAAAAAACCCCCAAAAAACUGUAAAGAUGCUAAUAAUGGCUUAUUCUACACUUCAAACACACUCCAAAAAGUUAUACAGCAUUUAUAAUCACUACUUUAUUGAAAUUUAACAAUUCUACUAAUAUCAUUUGACAUAAUUUGUUCAAUAAAACGUUUUUUGUAAAGGGAAAACAAAGCCCCCAGCGCUAACAGACCUGCUAAUGGACAGUUUGCCAGCUCACAGUCGCUAAGAGGACAGUGGGUUUACAGUUUAUUCAAACUUGUAUUCUGCAAACCAUUAUUCUUUUCUGUAGCAGUUCCAUCAGAGGAGUGUAAAUAUAAAUGGACAAAGUUAAAAAUCAGAUGAAGCGUCUUUUAUUUUGGACUCUUCCUGUUCUCCAUCCCCUCAAAGGUCGGCUUGCUAUCAGUCAACAACACAAGUGCCGUUUGUAAAGGUUCAGAAUCAAAACUCCUUUAUUCAUCCCACAGCGAGAACGCUUUCAUCAUUACAACAUGGUGACAGUGCGGACAAAAGCAUAUUUGCAAAUAGUAGCUAAACAUAAUUAAUAAAAACAAUUGUGGAAUCUGGAUUGCAGUUGUCAGAGACGUGGUCCAAUUGCUGGGUUCGCUAACCCAGUAAGCGGGUUUAACUCCGGCUCAGAGAACUAUUAGGCAAUGUCUCCCCCUUUUCAACUUUAAAAUAAAUAAAUUAAUACAAGAAAAAGA